AUGCGUGAUAGCGUUUUCCCUUGUGGUGCGGAAUCGGAUAGUACUCAUGAGCUUUGCGACACUAAUGAUAAGAAUGUGGUUCCAUCGUGCAAACCUUCUACCACAUUAGCUGAGGAAUCUGAAUGUUCGGAACAAGAAAGUGACACGGAAUUACUUUGUUCAAAUGACUCUGAAGGAUCUACAGAUAACAGUCGAACUAAUGUUGAAAAGCCAGAUGACUAUGUCUACGACGUUGCUAUUGAUCAAUGUCAAUGUUACAGUUCUUUAAAGGAAGAUGAAAACGAAAACUUCUUUCGAACACCACAUCUUCUGUCAACUGUCAACGCAUUAUCAAAUAGCAAUAUUCCCUCUUCUGGUACAUUUCAGGCAAAGCUAAUACGAUCAGUGUCCUAUGUUAGAAUGUCUUCCGAGUGGUUGAACAUACCUGUAAAAUCUGGGAAAGUAAGCGCGCGAACAUCAUUUACAGGGAACUACACGACUUUUUUUUACGAAAUAUUGAAGACUUUUAAUCCGUUUUGCUGCUUCGUGUUUAAACGUAAUUUCAUCAAAAAGGAGAAUUCUCGAAAAGGCAAUAGUCCUUAUUGGCGAGGAACAGUGGCAUGUAAGCAUCAAGACGUUGUUGCUCAGUUGACUAUACAAGACCGUGAUAAGAAUAUCCUCAAAAUUGAAUUCUUUGGCGACGUAAAGCAUGAUAACAAAGCCAAAAGCCGUAAAAACGGUUGGGGAGCGACAUGCAACAGCAGUGCAAGAAUACGAACAAAAAAAAUGCUAUGCCAUCAAAAUACCACAGGGAUAAACUCGUUGAACUUUCAUCCAAAUCAUUUCAAGCUGGCAACCGUACUGGCGUUGGUAUAUCGCAUUCCACAAUGAAAAACAUCCGUGCUACGGCAAAAAAGAAAACACAAAUCGACAAAAAUUUGUUUACCGCUAUUUCUUAUCUUCAACAGUCCAAAGAACGAGAAGAUGAAAAAAAUGCCAUGGAACUGGGACAUAUGUGGAGAAAGUUGUUUGGUUAUAUUCAACACUUCAAUUUAACUAAUAAUAUCAAUUUAGUGCUGUUUAACGAAGCUUCCGUUCGACUUUACCACGAACUUGCCAAUUACGACACUGUUUAUAUUGACGCCACUGGAAAGUUAUUUUCGGACGAAGGCUUGCAUGAACGCGGACGACUUUUAUAUUAUGCAAUGGUUAUGCGACAUCCAUAUCCAAAAUUUCCUCCAAUUCCCAUUGUAGAGUACAUUACGAGUGUCCACACCAUCGACUCGAUACGUUUAAUGUUAAGAACUUUGAAGGAAAAGGAGAAAGAAGUGUUUCCAAAUUUGUCUUUAUAUACUACGCCUGCACUAGUGAUGGCCGAUUUUAACAUGGCAAUAAUAAACGCUUGUGUACGUGAGUUCACAGGCGAGACCGUUCAAGAAUACUUGACACGUGGAUAUGAUAUAAUCAAUGGGGAUGCGCGUAAAGAAGACGCUGAAAAAACAAUAUUCCAUGUAUGUGCGGCACAUAUGUUAAAGCUGAACAAAUUUCACGCGCAAAAAUUGCAAGAGAAAGGCAAGCAAGACAGUAGCCAAAUUCAUAUUGCAAAUCGUUUCUUUGGUCGAUUGCUGUGCUGUUCAACACUUCAGGAGAUGAGGAAGUUCGUGUCUCUCGGAUAUUACAUUUUUCAAAGUAAAUACGUAAACCCAACGUUAGAAACCUAUCUGGACAAAUUCUCACAUGCAAUCCAUGAAUUUUCGGACCCAAUUGAGCUAGAUAUCGAUGAAGAUGAUGAUAAUGACGACGCUGAGAGAUUAACAGAAACACUGUCGACUCCAGAUGAAGAGAAUGUCUGGAUUACGUAUUGGAAUGAACGGCUAUCUGAAAUGGGGAAGAAUGAAGCAAAUCAUGGCGACCUUAACAAAUACUUCAUGCCAAAGUACUUUGCGUUUGUUUCUAAAAAUUAUUUACCAAGUUGCGUUUUGUGGUCCCGGCUUCUUUUGGGUGAUUUGACGCGAUUUAAUGAGCAAUACAUAGCAAGAACAGCACUGAACAAUUUUAAUCCUAGACAGCGUAAUUAUCUUCGUGGCAACAACACGAACGGUCAAGUUGAAGACUUUAUUGGUAUAAAGAAAAACUGUUCAUUCAAAGGAAGAAGAAACAUGCGACUGGACACUUUUAUUGUGGAGAAUUGGAAAGACAAUAAAGGACUACAAAGACAGUUCGUUGAUGGCUUAAUUCAUUCGGAUGAAUCGUGUUCUUUAAAUAACAGCUCAAUUGGGAAAGUGUCACUUAUCUGUGAAGAUCCUAAAAUGUCUCUAAGAAAGGAAUCCAUUUUGCCGGUAGAAGAAAGCUGCUCAUCGAAUGAAGAAAGUGAUGUGCUAGAACCUGUCGAGGAAUGGAACAAACCAUCUACACAAAUAAAGAGAAAACAUAAGAAGGGUAAAUAUCUAUCACCAUCUCAAACAAAACUUAAUUUCAAACCGGUGGCAGUGAAAGCAACAGCAAACGCUCGUGUCACCAAAAGGCUUGAUUGCAGUAGUAAGGAGUUCAAAACAUUUGAGCGGAAGGUGAGUUCUGACAUCUGCAAGAAAAAUAAGAGCUUCAAGACCGCAAAAAAAGAAGUAAAGAAAAUGUGGAAAGGCUUGACCAAUAAAGAACGGCAAAAUUACUCGUCCACUAGUUCAAACAAGGCUGGUCAUAGAAACCGUAAGAUUUUGGCAACUACUCACACUGGACGGCAUUGUAUUUGCAGACAAGAUAUAGGAACGAACGAAAGUGUCAAAUGCAUUCUUUGCCAAGAAAUUUUUCAUUGUCGCUGUGUAAAAUUCUGCCCAGUCUUAGCUAGUCUUGAAACAUCAAAUUAUGUAUGUGCUUCUUUUGUGAAUAUUCAUUACGCAGAAUUCCUUAAAUAUGUUUGGACUAAAGAAGAUCAAACAGCUAUUGAUAACGAUCUAAUUAUGCAUGAACUGAGCAUCGAAUUUAAUUUGAAAGAAGUAGGUUGCGCUACAAAUUCAUUGUCCGUCGAAAAUAAGAACACAGAUAGCUAUAGUUUCACACAUGAUAACAAGAUGGAAACGUUGACAAUAUUGCACUCCAGAGGAAUGGAGAACAAAAAAUCUAACUGUUGGUUGAACAGUAUUUUACAAUGCCUAUUUGCCAGUCCAUUUCAUGGAUUAAUACACAAGGUACAUAAAAGUUAUACGGGAAAAUCAAUAUUACUGGAUGGGUUAUAUUCAUGUUUUCAAGAAAUGGCAAAAAAUUCAAAUGAAAAAGAUAAAGCGCCAUGUGUUUGGUAUGUAAAUGGUCCUCUUCAUGUGGCAGCUAGCGUUGGAAUGCUACCACAAUUAAAUUAUCAUCAGGAUGUGAAUGAAUUUCUCAAUUUCAUAUUAAACGAAAUGUAUAGUGAAUUCAACCCGGUCCACUAACAACGCCUUGCUUCUCUUUUUCAAUGGGACAUGAUUGGUCUUAACAGGUGCCUUGCUUCUGAAUGUAAUGUAAUACGUGGGAGAUCAUUUACACCAUGGAAUUUACUGAUUGAUAUUCCUGUGCAUCGUCAAAGCAUUGAACUGUCGUCUUUAAUCAGGAAACUAACUUUUGGAAGGCUGUCGACGGAGGAGGACGAUAUUUGUCGCAAUUGCGAUUCGAAACCAGCUUCUCAUUACAUCGAGCUUUUUCAUAAUAUCCCUCUUAUAUUAGUGAUAACAAUCAAUCGGGCCAACUGGACCGGCAAAACAAGGGUAAAGAUCACCACGCCCGUGUCGUGUGGGCAACAAAUAAAUCUCAGAGGUACAACAACAACCAACUACGACGAGGUCGAUAUAAUUUAUAGUCUACUUUCUGCUAUUGUGCAUUAUGGUGCCAGUGCUAAGCAAGGACAUUUUGUAAGUUAUACAUUCCACUCAGAUCAAACGGCAACGCUUUAUGAUGACACGAUUGUUAAACGGUGCAAUACAAACGAAGUUCUUCAAUCUCAAGAAUUCCUACAAAAUGUUUACAUGUGUUUUUAUACCAAAGGAGAUCGCUGGCCUGAAUCGCCUGAUUUGAUAAACUACACCGAGAAGAGGCGUGACAUACCAUGGUACAUAAAUGAAAGUGAUGUUCGGCGGGUUGUCAAGAUUUGGAGUUACCAAAAGAAGGUUGUGUGUAAUGCUGUUACCCCAUUUGAUUUAAACACGGUGAAGCCGUUUAAUUGGCUAAAUGGGGAUAUUACAAACUCCUUUCUUACGAGUAUAUGCCAAGAUAGUUGCGAUAAUGGUAGAAAUGUUCAUGCCUUUAACUCGCAUCUCUAUGACGCUUUAAGGAACAAUUUUUCAAGAAGCGAACUGGUUCAUGCAUCGUUAGCAGUUGAUCCAAAGGAAUUUGAUAUUUUAAUGUUUCCAGUAAAUGUUGCAAGCUCUCACUGGACGCUUCUAGUGUUUUAUCCAAAUUCUCUAUUAAAUGCUGUGCUAUUAUGA